GGGGAGCAGCUAAACGUGCUGGUACGCACAAGGGAGAGGGAGGAAGUCUCCUUUGAGACAAAAACCCAUGCUAGGGUCCUAUCCCACCCAAAUCAUUGUGUUGGUUGAAAAGGACCUCUCCCCUACCCUCUCUUCAAUCCAUUCGGCCAGCACAAGGGAGAUAAGGUCCAUGGAAAAGGCUCUCAAAGUUCUGGAGCUGAAGAAACCAAGAGGAGAGAAGGAUCCAAGAAGAAAAGUUAGAAGAAGAGGGAGGGUUGACCAAUCGAUAGGAGUCGAAACCGCCGGAAACCGCCACUUCAAAGGAGCUAGUCGUAGUUGCAGACCACGAAAGCCGCCCGGCUUUCGUGAAAGCCGCCCGGCUUUUGCCCAGCAGUUCAGUUCUACACCUUCAAUCGGCCUAGAACGGGGAUUGAUCGAGGGGCUUAGCAAAGGCAACUAUUUUAGCACUUCAUAAGUUUCAGGUAGGACUUGAAGGUUGCUACCGGUGCCCGUUGCUCGGGAUAUUCAGAUGAGAAGACGUGGUUCGUGCUUCUUCUGUUUCCUGUUUUCAAAACAAUUAUAACAAUGCUCAUGGAUACUAUUUUCUGAAUAAUUACUUUGGGGGCUUGUAUGCCUAGUUAUGCCAAGUGUGGCUUGAACAAUUGUAUUAAUGCUUCCGCUGUUUUAAAUGAAUGUUUUACAUUAUGUUUGUUUAUGGAUGUACUAUGUGUGAAUGAUAUUCAUGACGCCUUGUAUAGUAUGGAUGAGUUGGACUGCGGUUGACUAUUCGUACUGUACGGCGGGUUGUUGACGUGUCCGGCUAGGUCCGGGGCGUGACAAUUUAAUUGGUAUCAGAGACUUAGUCCGUAAACAUCAUAAUGAAG